AUGGCGGUGCUGGUGGACCUGCUUCACGGCUGCUGGGCGGCGCGUAACGGCGCGUCUCUGCUGGGGGAAUCGCACCAGCGUCUUUUUCUGCUUUGCGGGAGAGGCUGCCCGCAGGGAAGCGCCUCCACGGACUCCUUUCUGACCUCGUUCCGGGACGCGCAGGUGCUGGACUCCGGCUCCACCGCGGAGAACCUGUACCGGCUCAAGCAGGCCGUGGACCGGCUGGACCUGAGCUCCGUAACGGUGCUGACCAGCCGGAGGGGCCGGGAGGUGCUGGGUCACUACCAGGAGCUGCUUUUCACGGCCGUUUACACCUUUGAUUAUAAAGUUAUGCCGGUGGAGAAGCUCACCUGCCCGAGCUGCGCAGGCCCCGCCCACACGGGCUCACCUGGGGAAGGAAUCCCGGCUGAGGUGGCGGCGUUUGCGCAGAAGCUGCCCACGCUGAGGGGGGAAAUACGAGUUCUGAACACCCGGGCGGGUGGGGUCACCUGCAUCCCAACUCUGUCCUCCCUGAACCUGUUCAAAAGCAGCAAGAGGAGGGACCCCGAGGCCGUGGUGACGGAGAACAGACGCCGGCUGGCCCUCCACGCCGGUUUCCACCCCCUCCCUCUACGUCUGGUCAAGGUGAACCACGCCAGUGACGUCUGGGUUUUGGGGAAAGCCGAGCCGGAGAGCUACGACGCCAUGGUGACCGACCGGAGAGGGCUGGUUCUGGCCGCCCCGGGAGCCGACUGCAUGCCCAUCUUGUUUGCCGAUCCGGUCAAGAAGGUCAUCGGGGCCGCACACGCAGAUUUUGGCUGUCGGGCGGAGGACGUGGUGGUGGCGGUGGGGCCGGCCGUGGGGCCGUGCUGCUUCAGGCUGGACAGAGAGCAGGCGCGGGACUUCUCCUCCAUUCAUCCGGACUGCGUUCCCGAUCCCGAGGUGGCCAGACCGCACGUGGACAUCCGGCUGGCCAACAGAAUUCUCCUGCAGAACGGCGGCGUCCGGCCGGAGCACAUCCAUGACCACACGGUGACCGACCGGCCCUGCGUGACGCCCUGUACCUCGUGCCACCCCGAAGACUUCUUCUCCCACGUCAGAGAUGGAAUCAACUUCGGCACCCAGGUGGGCUUCCUGUGGAUGGACUGA